AGGGAAAGAUUUCAAGCGAUACUAUUGUGACGAUUUUGGUUUCUAAUAUGAACCGAGAAUGUACUACAAAGAUACUGAAUAUUCAAUUUAAUGGACCUUCAGCAAAGAGGUCUACUAGACCUAGGUGAAGUAGUAGAAAGGGAAAGUAAAUUGCUGUAUAAAAGUAACACUUGCAAAUUUCUUUGCGAAAAAACACAUCUAAAGAAAGUAACCGACCAUCUGGACAAAUGGCAGAAUGUUGCUGAGAGAGAUAUUGAACGACAGGAGCAAACAGCACGAAAACAGCUAGAUUACUAUGAAAAGGAAAAGGAUAAAUAUAAAAUACAUGUAUCUGAAUACGAGGAUGACACAGAUUCGAGAGGACAUGGCAGUGGGAUGAGCGCAGUAGUACCGACUCAAAAAGGUUUCCACGCUCGCCCAAAAUCAGGAGAUCGGACACCAGGUCCACGAUCAGGUCGGCGCGCCGAGACUGGUGCCGGUAGCCCAAGGAGUUUAUUUGAACUUAGAAAAGCAACCUCUACAGCAUUAGAACUUGACAAGGAGCCUUCCGCUACCAAUCUAGAAAAAAAAAAAAAGCAAGAGAAGCUUAAAGCAGAGAAAGUUGCCGUUAAAUGCAGUACAUUCUUGAAGGCGGACGAUUUGAGAGCUGGUCGACAAAGAAGAAAAUCAUUACCUUCAAACGUUUCCGGUAUUCCAUUACUUCUGGUAACGGACGAGUCCGGCGUUUCAGAUAUGGCUCUCACACAUGAAACACCCGAGAAAAAGGGACACGAGAAAAGUGUGGUUGCUAAAGGGAAUGCCUCAGGGAAAUCAAGCGCUGUUCCGUCUACUGAGGAAGAAGCUAAUUUUUAUACAAUGGCAAUGUCAUCUGCGAGUAAUCGGGACGAAUUCCAUGCAAUCACCGACACAAGAUCACGCAGACGGGGGUCACAGCAAUCAACUACACCUUCCGGUGGUAAGCAUUAUAUCGACUUGGCAAGAUUAAAAGAGGUGGAGGAAUUACUUUAUGAAACCAGUCAAUUUAGGAGAAAACAGAAAUGCUCCACACCUGAUUGUCAUACUGCACGUGUUCAAAUGCGUCGUCUUGACAGGCUAAAAGAAAUUCUCGAUUCGCUAAAGAAGAAACCAGAGGCGCCAACAUUCAAACCGAUGGAAAUGUUAAACUGUAGCUACCUUCGCCUUUCAAAAUCAAACGUGGAGGAGUUAGAGGAUAUGGUUCGUGCGGCGGGUCAGGAUCCCGGAUUACAUUACCAUAGUGAUUUAUCAGGAUACGAUCUGUUUGCUGAUCUCAAAAGAGAGGCUGAAGCCCAACAAAGAUUGCGUACUCAAGAUGGUUCUUCAAAACUCACACCUACACCCUCACCUACUACCAGUAGAAGACACUCCGUAAAGUCAGGUUCUUCUCUCAGAACAGAACACCAUUAAAUAUAUUAAAUAAAUAAACCGGUCAUCAAAUUGCUGUCUGCCUACUACAGGAAUAACACACACAACUAAGAAGCUUUGGAUAAUAAUAAAAAAAAACCUGAUGUAUCUUUUUAUUGAAUUAUCAUAACGCAGCAUACACAAUGAUUUUAGAAAGAAACUGGUAUUCGAUCUGUCAACGACAUUAAGUGUGGAUGAUUAACAUAAGAUAAUUGUCGUUCUAUUUUAUACGUAAACAUGCAAUGAUUGUUAUUUCUUGAAAUAAAAUUGCUUUAUUUAUUAGAGCUACGUGCGCACAGUA